UAAUAAAUAUAUUUCAUAGAUCAAAUUUAAUACUAAGAAUUUCACAAAAUAUCGUCAAAGAAAAAAAACAAUUGUAUAAAAAAUACUAGUCUAGAAUGUUUCGUCGCACUUUCGUCACUCCCUGGAGAUAAAAAGAGAACCUUUACCAGCUGGUGUGGUGAAAAUUAAUUUGCCUCUCUUAUUGAUUGCGUUUCCACCAGAGAUGUGCGAGAAUGUUUUAAGAAACAAUAGAAUCACUAGAGUCUGUGCAGGAAAGAGAAGAGUCGUGGAAUGUAUGGGGCCCAAUACAUUACACUACUCUUCACUAUCCGAACAGACUUUACACGCUGAGCGAGGAAAACAAAUGAAGUGAUUUUAUUGGUUCUUAAGUUUUAUCAACCUCUUUAGGUAAGUUAUACAUAUACUUGACAAUCAGUACAGAAACGUCUAACUGACUUUCGUCUUAUUGUCACUCAAAUAAAUAAUAGAUUAUUAAUUUAUUAAAUAAUACAUAUUUUUGAUUUUUAACAGCGUAACAGCUUUUAUUCUCGUAACAAGUAUUUAUUUUGAUACCCGUCAAUAAGUAAGUUAUCUAAAUUUGUAGUAUUGUAAAACAACUCCCUGUAUGUUAAAUUACGUCAUUUUUGCGUCAACGGCAUGAAAAGUACGGGCCCUGGAUUCUUAACACAUCUCUCUCUAUCGCAUCCUCGCACAUAUCUGGUGGAAACGCAGCCUUAUAUCUAUGUGGGCACAUUAGGAAAGCUAUUGGUUUUCAAAUUAACGCAUACAAAUUAUCCUUACGUGCUUCCACAACCAUCCUUGAGCACUAUAGAAAACUGAGGCAGCCCCAACAACACUAUAUGUACUCAUUAUUGAAAUGCAUGCACUCUGCAAUUCAUAUAAAUCGAUUUAUUUACACGUCCAUCAUACAAUUAUAGAUAGUUAUUAACACGAUCGAGAUUAUAACUAUACAUGCCUACCGAUAUUAAAUUGGAAUUGUAUUGAUUCGCGCUCACCCAUUUCCGCUAAUGAAAAUCAUUAUUGCGUGUGUAACGCAUCAAUAAUCAUGAAAUAACAUUUGUUUUAGAUUCACACAAACAGAAUAAAGGUCAAUUAUUCAUUUCCACCAGGCAAAUCUUCUAAAUUACGAUAAUCCUCCGUACAAAUCAGCAAAGGAUUUAGCCAAUUAUUUGAACCAGUAAUAUAUAGAGAUUUCGUAUUUCGCACGCUAUCAUCUUGAGCCAUGCAGUGGCUAGUAGCGUUUGUCUGCGUUGCCAUAGUUAAUGAUGCACAUGGAGUCCGCUACCUCAACGUCACCUUAGACGCUGUGCAACGGCAGUUGCAGGAGUUCAAAAUAACACAUCCGAAACCUAUUGGAGUGCUGACAACUAGUGCUGGAAGACCGGUGGAGGUGCGGGAGUCAGUUACCCUCAACACAGAUUUCUUCAAUAAUCCGCAUUUCUGGGACCUCCAGACUGCAUCCGAUCAUGAACGCAUCCCUGAGCGCACGGUGCACGCGCGUGGCACGGGCGCCUUCGGCUACUUCGAGGUUACAAACGACGUCUCCAAAUACACCAAAGCGGAUGUCUUCAAUGGCAUUGGAAAGAGAACCCCCGUCGUCGUCCGAUUCUCCUACCUAGUCCAAGGUCGCGCAGGAUUAGAUGUUGUCAGAGAAACGGGAGCCCUAACUACCAAAUUCUACACAAACGAGGGCAAUUUAGAUUUUCUUAGCUUAUCAUUCCCAGUUUUCCUCUAUAAUUCUCCACAUGAAUUCAAUUCGUUGGCACAUGCUUUCAAAAGGAAUCCUAAGACAUACAUUGUCGAUCCUACAGCUCGCUUGGACCUCGUCACUCUUACGCCUGAAAGUAUCCACCAGAUAUUGUGGUUGUUCUCUGAUUAUGGUAUCUUUAAUGGAUACAGGCAUAUGAAUGCAUUCCCUGUUCAUGCAUACGAGCUCGUCAACAAACAUGGUGACAGCUACUUUGUGAGGUUUAAUUUCAUAACUGAACAGGGCCUGGAGUUACUCAGCGAUCGAGCUGCCGGUGCUCUUAGAGCUAAUGACCCAGAUUACUCCACCAGAGACCUUUACGAUGCAAUAGCUGCAGGAAACUAUCCCUCUUGGAGACUAGAUAUGGACAUCAUUCCGAAGUCCCACAUUCCUAAGCUUAAUUACAAUCCUUUUGACAUGAGUACUUUGUGGAAAAAUGGAACAUACCAUACUGUAACUAUUGGACGCCUAGUAUUAAACAGAAACCCUGAGAAUCAGUUUAAGGAUGUCGAACAAACGGCCUUCAAUCCCGGUAACUUGGUGCCCGGAAUACCAGGACCGGUUGACGACGCUUUCAAAGUGCGAAGAUUCUCCUAUCGAGAUACUCAAUCUUACCGGUUAGGCAUCAAUCAUAAUAAUAUUAGAGUGAAUCAGCCAAAGUAUAGGAAGAUCUACAACCGAGACGGCUUGCCGCCAGUGCUAGAUAAUAUGAAAGAUGCGCCGAAUUACUAUGAGAACUCAUUUAACGGCCCAGUUCCAUAUGUGGACGUAGCGAAGCCUAAAGAGGCACUAUCAGUUAAGUUCAAACAGUCGGUAGAUCUUGGAGAGUCUUCUUAUUUCUAUAACACGUACGUUAAUACGGAGGGUAAGAGGAACAGGAUGGCAGCAAACUUAGCCAGCGUCAUGGUGAACGCGGUUGAAGAAGUGCAGAUGAAAUUUUUGAAGAUCAUGUAUCUCAUAGACCGUGACCUGGGCGCGCGCGUCGAGGCCGCACUGCCGGUCGCUGAGGAGCAGAAGCUUUUGGAGCGCCCAAGGCUCGUAGUAGUCGAGGAGUACCCUAAAACAUAUGAUUUAGUGCCCAUGUGCCAGUGCCAUUAAUGAAAAAUCUUUAGGGAACACUUUAGCAGAGCUGUAUCUUUAUGUAUAUUGUAUAUACAUAUGUUACUUUUUCGCACGAAAACAAGUUUACACAAGAACGAUAAAACUAAAAUAAAAUGCAUCUGUACAAUGGCAAACUAAACUCUUAAUUUUAUUUUAUUUAUGAUGUUAUAAAUGGCAUUUGUUACAGCAGCUACAAAAGGAUACUUCUCUAUAUUGUUUGGUUUGUUUUAUAAUAAUAAAUAGAAAAAAAACCUACUUCACAAAAGAACAGUUUGGAAUGCCCUUUAAAUUAUUCAUGACCAUAGUGCAUCUCUUAACAAUUACAUUUAGCUCCAAGACGUAAAAUACUUAUUGUGGAGGAGUUCUGUUCCAUUUCAUCAAAUAGCACUGUUUAAAUGCAAAUGCUUGUCUUUUAGAUAAAAACGCUAUAAGCAUGCUCUUAACAUUUUAGGAGUUCCCUUAAUUCCUCGUGGAUCCAUCAGAACUCGACGUUGACAAAAAUGUUGCUUAAAACCUAACUUGCUGUCCUUGCUGAACAAUUUUAAUGAAGAAGACAUAUCACUAAAUCCGAAAUACGUGUCGUUGAGGUGUUUUGUGAAGUCGGUUUUUCUUCUUCUAAAGAUUAUGGAAAAUUGAAGUCAAAAGUAAUGUGUGGUACAUAUUUACAUAAUAUAUAUAGGUAAUGAUAUAUAUUAGUAAUAGCCGUAGAUAGUAUGGAGGCUUUACCUACUAUUAAAACCAUCCCCCCCCCCUUCCCUCAUCUGAUAGAUAGGUACUUAUGUACGUGUACGUUGACACCUAAAUUAUUUUAUCAUCCACACCUGACUGAACUACUGAAAUGGUUUAAAGUACCAUUAUUGGUGAGUUAGAAGUGUUGCUGUUUGCGGUCGAAGCUGUCAUAAAACAAUUUCCAAGUUUAAACUACACAGCUGGCAGUUCGCAGUUGUCUUUGGGCGGUAAUGUCUUGAGGACUAUUUUGUGUUUUCUGAUGUCUUGUGGUUUUGAAAUUUGGGGCUGGGAAUCUUACUUGUUCAUUUUAACAACUGUUGGCAGCCUGAAAUGGCAGAUGUGAAAUGUGCUUACAAACAAAGGAUGUCUAAUGUCCUUAUAAAUGACCGCUGUGAAAAGGUGAUUAUAUUUCAUAUUUCCUUUAUUGCAAACCAUGGUACAUAUGUCAUGUAUGUGUAUAUGGUAUGUAUAUCAUUAUCUACUUUCCACAUAAUUCCGCGAAAGUUGCAGCCAUGGAAUGAAUUCUCUACAGUAGUUUUCCAAAUGAAUACACACAUAUUCGUAGGUUGUAGAUACAGUUUUUUUGAAGUGUCAGCAAUUUGAAUGUGACACCACUGGAGUUGUAAUUGUCAAUGGCACCAUAUCACAUAAUUGCCUUGUUUCAGAAAAGUGUUUACAACAAGGUGUAGAAGCUUUUAUUCAGUUUCAAUUGUGCCGUUGUCAGUGUGUAAUCAAAUUUUGCAAGCUUAAUUUGUCGCACUUCCCAUUUUCGAUAGCAAAUUAAAUCUAUGAAACCACAACGCGGCCUAUAGGCUAUAUUGAUCGUGAACCUCACAUGAUGUCUAAAUUAAUUUAAUAAAUUGUCAUUAGCGCGUUCAUUUCGUUUGGACUUGUCCAUAGUUGCAUUAGCGCGAGCGAGACGGAGACGGCGAAUGAGAAUUAAAUGAAAUUAUUUAGUAAUCGUUUUAUUUUAGUAAACCUGACCUGUUUCAAUUUGAACUGGCCUCCUAACUUGAAUUAACUCACCUCGUUGAAAUAUUAUCCAUUAUUGUUACGUGCGUGCACUGGUUGUUGUAUUUAAAACUCAAUUUUAAUAGCUUCACGUCUACGUGUUGCUUGUCUAAUCGCGGGCAGCGUCAUUCGUGUUUGAAGUCUUUAUCAUUCAUUUGGAUCGCAUAAUGUUUGCGUGCAAACAGUGAACUGAACCUUUAAGAGCAACCCUACACUAGCGUCUUUUGAGCGUCGGCAUCUAGUCAACGAUGUGGAAUAUGGCAUCGCUGCACAGCGGCUCCAACGUUGCGGCGUAGAGUUGACUAAUUACUACUACUACUAAUUCUAAUUCAAAAAAAUAUUUGUGGUGUAUAUUGC